AAAUGUCCAGAACACCCAUCCAGGAAACACAGUUUGGACAGUUGCCUGACACUGCAGCCAUUGAAGGAUGGGUUAGAAGCCCCAGAGAGCAUCUCAGCAGACAAAACGGAGCUGUCAGCAGACGUUAAAGUUUUGUGCUUAGGUUGAUGGAAAGAUUCGGUUAUGUUCAGUGAAAUGGACCAGACGAAUGGCAACACUGCAGGGAGAUUUGAACGUCACCCUCAUCCCUACAGCCCUCCAAACUAUGAAAGAAAUCCCUACACUGGGAUGACAUACGAGGUUGGAAAUGGGAACAUUGCGAUCGUCUCUCGUCCUGCCUCCUACGGCAACAUGGUCCCUCCUCAGGAACCACCCCCAUAUGGAGGCAACCAGUACUACAGUCAGGAUCCACCUGUGUAUUCCCAGGAAUCUGAGGAGAACCCCUUCAGUGUCGCUGGAAUACGGAGAGGUUUUAUUCUGAAAGUCUACCUGACCCUGAUGAUUCAGUUGCUGUGUACUGUUGGGAUUAUCUGCACCUUUAUUUACUGCAACACACUGAAGACUUGGAUUUAUAACAACUACUGGUUCUCCUACACUAUGAUGUCAGUGGUGCUGGUACUCAUUGUGGUUUUAGCCUGCUGUGAUAAUAUCCGUCGCCGGGUGCCCCUCAAUUUUAUAGCUCUGGGCACGUUUACUGUUGCAGAGGGCCUGAUGCUUGGAUCUGUUGCAGCCUACUUCAACGCCGAAGCAGUUAUGUGGGCUGUGGGUGCGACAGCUUUCGUUACUUUUGGCAUCAGCCUGUUUGCUAUGCAGUCAAAGUGGGACUUCACCCCUAAAGCUGGGUGCAUGUGGAUGUUUGCCUGUUCCUUAUUGUCCUUCUUAAUGAUGUGUGCCAUCAUCCGAUCACAGUAUCUCUACAUCUUCUACGCCUACCUGGGAACUGUGCUGUUUUCUUUCUACUUGCUGCUUGAUACUCAGUUGAUUCUGGGGGGGAAGCACCGGAAGUACGAAAUAUCUCCUGAGGAGUACAUCUAUGCUGCCCUCAGCCUCUACUUGGACAUUGUCAACUUAUUCCUUCUCCUGCUACAAAUCAUUAACUGCUGCAAUUGAAUCUGAUUAUUCUCAAGCUUAUUUAAAGAACAGUAAAAAAUAAUUGUUUUUAUGAGAGUAUUUUUUUCUCCAGGCAUGUCGCAGCUAUAUACAAACA